AUGGCAUCCACUGCCACGAUCCAACCGCGAUCCGCUCUUCACAAGGCCAGGAGCCCAGGGCGUCCUAAACCAUGCCGAGCGCGCGUGGUCGCGGCCGCCGCCACGGUUAGCACGGCGGCGACGACGACGGCGAUGGCCGCUGCCGAGAGGACGCGCGCGCCGGCCGCCUCAGUGGCGAGGAUGAAAAGCACGGGGAGGAGGGCGGCGUCGGUCGCGAGCAUGUGGAGGCAGGUCCAGGGGUCCCAUGACUGGGACGGCCUGCUCCGGCCGCUGCACCCCGUGCUUCGCGACGAGGUGGCGCGGUACGGCGAGCUCGUCGCCGCCUGCUACAAGGUGCUCGACGUGGACCGGUCGUCGGCGCGGUACAUGUGCUGCAAGUACGGCAAGGAGCGCGUGCUCGAGGAGGCCGGCGUGGCCGGGGCAGGGUACGAGGUGACGCGCUACGUCUACGCCACGCCCGACGUGGCCGGGCCGCCGUCCACCUCCAGCUGGGUUGGGUACGUCGCCGUGUCCACCGACGAGAUGACCCGGAGGCUCGGCCGGCGCGACGUCCUCGUCUCGCUCCGCGGCACGGUGACGCAGGCGGAGUGGGCGGCCAACCUCAUGAGCGCUCUCGAGCCGGCGCGCCUCGACGCGCGCGGCGCGCACCCGGACGUCAAGGUCGAGUCGGGCUUCCUCAACCUCUACACCUCCUCGGCCGAUUCCGGCGGCGGCGGCGGCAUGGGGAGCUGCCGGGACCAGCUUCUCCGCGAGGUGUCCCGCCUCGUCACGUCUUUCUCCAAGGACCACCCCGACGAGGACAUGAGCGUCACACUGGCCGGCCACAGCAUGGGCAGCGCCCUGGCGAUGCUGCUCGGCUACGACCUCGCAGAGCUCGGCCUCAACCGCGACGCGUCCGGGCGUCGCGUUCCGGUCACCGUGUUCUCCUACGGCGGGCCACGGGUCGGCAACGCGGCCUUCAAGGAGCGCUGCGACGAGCUCGGCGUGAAGGUGCUGCGCGUCGCCAACGUCCGCGACCCGGUGACCAUGCUCCCGGGCGCCCUCCUCAACGAGGGCACAAGGGGGUUCCUCGCCGGCUUGGGCGGCGACCGCUACACGCACGUCGGCGUGGAGCUGGCCCUCGACUUCCUCCGCCUCCGAGACCCGGCGAGUGUGCAUGACCUCGGCGCGUACGUGUCGUCGAUCAAGGCCGAAACCUGCGGCAAGGUGCCAAAUGCGGCGGUGGACGGCAGCCGAGGCGGCGUUCUCGCCAAGGCGAUGGAGUUCGUCGAGGGACAGCGUGCGGUCGCGUUCGCGUGGAAGAAGGCUGCCCUGCAAAUGGGCGGCCUGGUGCAGACGCUGGGGAUGAUCUGAGCUCAGCAAGCAACCGGCGGUCAGGAUUAACCGGGCAGUGAUCCUCUUGGACAAUUUUAUUUUUGGAGGAUUCCAGGUGUUUUUUAGCCGAUUUCCUCUGUAUAGAUCGAUUGAUUAGCGUGACUUGAUCGCCGUAGAAGCGCGAUCAAAGAUGAUAUUCUUUGUUCAUUUCAUCUUAGUUGGCACAGUGUAUAGCUUUUCUUCUUCUUUCUUUUCGGAGAAGGAAAAAUUUCAAAA